GGGUGCAGUUCGCAGAUCUUCCUCCGAGUGACCGCAGAGGAAGUCCCGGAUCUCACAAACAAAACAAGAGCAACCUGAAGGUGACCUCACCGGAGGAUGCCGAGCGCGUGGGCCGCCGACAGGCCUCCCCCAACGGGGCGCCGCCAUUGAGAGCCGACGCCAGAGGCAGCCGAACCGUCCCCCGGAGGCACACGUUAGGGGGCGCCCGCGGCUCCAGAGAGAUCCUCGCCAUGCAGCCGCCAGACAUGGACAAGAAGAGGGAGGCGUUCCUGGAGCAUCUCAAGCAGAAAUACCCCCAUCACGCCUCAGCGAUCAUGGGCCACCAGGAGAGGCUGCGGGAGCAGAGCAGAAGCCCAAAGCACGGCCCCGGCGACCAGGUUGACCACCUCUCCUUGGCCUCCCUGGAGUCACUGGACGCCAUGUCAGAGGCCGACGCGCCCACCGGCUUCACCCGCGGCAGCCGAGUGCGUGCCAGCCUGCCCGUGGUGCGGUCCACCAACCAGACGAGGGAUCGCUCGCUAGGUGUGCUGUACCUUCAGUACGGAGACGAGACCAAACAGUUCCGGAUGCCCAACGAGGUGACGAGCAUCGACACGGUGCGAGCUCUGUUCGUCAGUGCCUUCCCGCAGCAGCUCAACAUGAAGAUGCUGGAGUCGCCCAGCGUGGCGGUCUACGUGAAAGACGACAUGAGGAACAUGUACUACGAGCUCAGCGAUGUCAGGAACCUCGGGGACCACUCCUGCCUGAAGGUCUACCACAAAGACCCAGCACAGGCGUUCAGCCACGGGCCCAGACCUGCCAACGGCGAUGCCAGGAUGCACAGUGAUGGACAGCACCCUCUGAGACAACCCCCCAUGGGUCCCCCGGGACACCAUCCACUGCAGGGAGUGCUCCCCCAGAGUCCCCACUCCAUGCCCUCCUCCCCCUCCAGGAUCCCGUUUGGCUCUCGGCCGGGCUCCCUCCCCGGCAGCGCCACUAUCCCGCGGGAGCGACUGUCUAGCGCCAGCCCAACGGUGCGCUCCAUCUCGCCCUGUCCCAGCGCCAUCCUGGAGAGACGGGACGUCAAGCCUGAUGAGGACAUGGGGGGGAAGAGCCACAGUCUAGCCCGGGGAAACGAGGGCUUGUAUGCAGAUCCGUACCUGCUCCAGGAGGGACGACUGAGCUUGGCUUCUUCCCACGGAGCGCACCCCAACCCUGGGAUGGACAGUCCAGAUCACGGAAUGGGGGGGUUCCACCGGGCCUCCAUUCGCUCCACAAGUUCUUACAGCGGACCCAGCCCAACAGACUCUAUGGAUCACCCCUCUCUGUACAGGCAGAAGUCCAGAAACAGCCAACUGCCAACGUUGGGCUCCAAGACCCCCCCUCCAUCACCUCACCGAAUGUCUGAGGUACGGAUGAUUGACAUCCACGGUGGGCCGCCUCAUGGUAUUCCUCCUCAUGGGGUUCCUCCUCACGGGGUUCCUCCUCAUGGGGUUCCUCCUCACGGGGUUCCUCCUCAUGGGAUUCCUUCUCAUGGGGUUCCUCCUCAUGGAGUUCCUCCUCACGGGGUUUCUCCUCAUGGGGUUCCCAUCGAGCGGAGCUCCCCGGUACGCCAUUCCUUCAGGAAGGAGGAAGUAGCAGGGACCAAGCCGCGGAACAACAUGGCCUCACCUGUGGUUGCGGACCUCCCGGGUCACAUGCAGGGGCCCGUUCCACCUGUUGUUGAACAUCAGACACGACAGCGAAUGAAGGCUAUGGAGCAACAGAUUGCCAGCUUGACUGGUCUUGUUCAGCAUGCACUUUUAAAGGGGCCAAACACUAGUGGCAACCAGGAGCCUCCAAGCGAGAGACCAGUGAAGACUUCAUCUCCAGCCCACAGUGCACACAGCUCAGGUGGUUCCCCUGUCCUGGCUCCUAAAACCAGCGCAGCUCCGUCAGACAAGCGCCCGGUUCCUCUCAAAGUCAACCUCCUGCAGUUCAGGAAGAACGUCUCUGACCUCAGGGUGCAGCUUCAUCAGAUGAGACAGCUGCAGCUCCAGAACCAGGAGGCGCUGCGGAUUCAGCUGAAGCGCGCCGAGCAGGAAAUCAGUGUUAAACUGGUGGAGGCCAUGCGGCGUCUGGAGGACCCGGUCCAGAGGCAGAGAUCGUUGGUGGAGGAGGACAGGCACAAGUACCUGGGACUGGAGGAGUGUGUCCUCACUCAACUUGGUGACCUGGAGCAGUAUGUGGGCUCUCUGCAGAAGGACCCAGGAGCGACACACAGGGCCGUGACCCUGAAGGACGUGGAGGAGGGAGCAGUGACUCUGAGGAAGGUGGGAGAAUCUCUGGCAGGACUCAAAGGAGAGUUCCCGGCUCUACAGACCAGGAUGCGGGCCGUGCUCCGAGUGGAGGUGGAAGCCGUCAAGUUUUUGAAGGAGGAGCCUCACAAACUGGACAGCAUGCUGAAGAGAGUCAAGAGCCUGACGGACACACUCAGCGGCCUGAGGAGACACACCUCUGAGGUUUCUCAGAAGAGUCAGAAUCCUUCUGCUCAUGUCCCAGUGGAUAACAGCCCUGCAGCAGCAGCAGCGUCAGAGCCUCCUGCUGAAUCCCCCCCAGCACCAGCCCGACCCAGCUCCACCUCUCCCCCACUGGAUCCCCAGAACUCCACCGUCAGAUCCGAGGUGAUGCCCUCCUCCCCGGUGGUCAUCCAUCAUGUCCAGAGCUCCCGGGUGCUCAUGCAGCAGUCCCAGCAGUCUGCAGCGCUGACCGUUCAGCCCAGUCCGCCGCUCACCCCAAGCCCCACGCAGGUCCCGAGUCCCAAAGGCCGGGAAUCUCCCAGGGGUGCGUCCAUGGGUCCGCCGAGCCCUGUCCAUCACAAGAAGACAAACGGGAACUCUGUGACUAAUGGCAGCCAGGAUCUUGUCAUAGAGGAGCUGCAGAGCAAUAAGGAGAAGAGUAAAUGCAGAGCUAUGUCCAUAGAGGCAGCGGAGAAGGAGUGGGCGGAGAGGAGGCAGAACCUGGGUCAUUACGACGGGAAAGAGUUUGAGAAGAUCCUGCAGGAGGCCCAGGCCAACAUGAUGAAGGGCAUCCCCAGCCUGGAGGUGGACGAGAACACUGCACUGCCCCCUGCUGCCAGCGGAGAACAAGCCGACACCCACAGUCCUGUAGAGUCACCAACAGAAGACCUCCGGUCCGAGCCUGACUCCGACAAACUGGUCAAAAAGGGGCCCGAGAAACUGCCGAAGCCCGUGUUGGAGAAACCAGCCAAGCCGGUGCUGGAGAGACCCUCCAAGACCAAGCCGGCGCCCAUCGACACUGUCACCAAGCAAGGGUCCGAGAAGGCCAGCAAGUCCCCACCGCCGCCGCCUCCAAGGAAGACCUACCCCGGCUCCAACUCCGGCUCCAACUCCGGCAUGACCACCACUCGCUCUGGGGAGGUGGUCUUCACCAGCAGGAAGGAGUCCGUCUCAGCUCAGGAGGGUGACGAGGAGGUCCCACCUCCCACUCCCCAGCCCAAGCCCACCAAGGUCCCACCAGAGACCAAGCCAAAGCCUCCUACCCCUCCCCCGGUUAUAACGUCUGUCUCCAGAGACGAGGACGAUGAAGGAGACAAGAUCAUGGCAGAGCUCCAGGUUUUCCAGAUGUGCACAGUUAAGGAUGUAGGGGUGAAAAAUUUGGUAGAGCCCGGCACUCGAAUUGAACCGCAAAUCAGAGAGCUAAGACCGGGGGCCUUGUUGCCCCUCAAAGAGAAAAAGCAGAGCUCAGAGCCCAGUCGAGAGGAUAAAGAUCCGGACACGGAUGAAAACGGGAACACCCCUGUGCGACAGAGCCAAGGGGUCAUUUACUAUGUGACUGGCCAGAUCCCCAAAGAUCUCCCACCCCCGUCAGGAACGGACGAGACCCCCGAGCUCCAAGAGCCCGCGCAGCCGCCAACACAGGUGUCAAAUGUCAAUGUUAACGACAAUUCUCCAAGCCAGGAACAGCAGCCGCCACAGUCUCCACCACCCAAAUCCCCCCCGCCUUUAACGCCGCCACCGAUUUCACCUAAACCCGUGGGACUGACCAAAUUCAAACUGCCAAAGAAGCAAGUGAAACGCUCCGAAUCCUUGAAGACCAAGGUGGAAAUGGAGAAGGGCAAAAUGCUCAACAAAAUGAACACUGAGAAGAAAAGUAAAACCAUCCCGGAGCCUGUUUCUUCCAGUAAGAAUAUAAUCCCAGAGGCGACGGAAACCAGCACAAUUAGCGCCGUCAGACAGAUGCCGUCUAAACGUUCUGUUUCCCCAACGAAAAAGGCUCGGGUUGAGGACAGUGAUCCACCGAAAGUUACUUUUGUGGAUGACGACGAGGGCGCGGGUCUUAGUCUGGAUCUGCCUGGAGAAGAGGCGCCUCCACCUCCUGACAACAUAGCAUUCAUGAUCACCAACACCAAGGUUCAGUCUCUGUCUUGUGGCGAGUACCAGGAUCUGGUCAACGCCAAGAAGGCAGGCGUCCAGACAUUCACUUUAGGAUCCGCCCAAAACCGAGGGAACGCCGCGGGGGAUCCCAACGCGCUGCCGGACAACGGCUUCAACAAGAAGCCCGUCAUCAUCAUUUUCGAUGAGCCCAUGGACAUCCGCUCGGCCUACAAGCGUCUGUCCACCAUAUUUGAGUCUGAGGACGAACUGGAGAGGCUGCUGUCACAAGAGCGCAUCGAUGAGGAGAGCGAGGAGUCGGACUCGGAGAGGGGGGGUUGGCUGCAGGUCAAAGCUGAGGCCACAAAAUCGGUUGAGGACAAAAAGGUCAGAUCUUCCCAGGGCACCGCCGACCACAACAGCUUAUCGUCCUCGUCUUCGUCCUCGAUAUCCGAACUGACGGACAGUGGAAUAAACAUGGAGGCGAACGAAGACGCCAAGCAGGACAGUAAGAAGAAGUUCAAGUUCAAGUUCCCCAAGAAGCAGCUGGCGGCGCUGACCCAGGCGAUCCGCGCCGGCACCAAGUCGGGCAAGAAGACUCUCCAGGUGGUCGUGUACGAAGACGAGGAGGAAGGCGACGGCACCAUCAGGCAGCACAAGGAAGCGAAGAGAUUCGAGAUUACACGUUCACAAUCUUUAGCGGACACGGAUUCGGCCUCGCAGCUGAGGAGGCAGAACUCCGGGUCCCACGUUCGGACGGACGAGAUCCGGAAGAACACCUACAAGACCCUGGACAGCCUGGAGCAGACCAUCAAGCAGCUGGAGACCACCAUCAGCGAGAUGGGCCCCCUCUCCCCCGAGGAGCCCGUCCCUCAGGAGGAGGCUAAAGCAGGGGGUGUGAAGAGCUCCGAUGGAGGGGGGCUAAAGAGGUCGUCCUCUCUCCCUACCUCCAGAGGGUCCGGCCCUAAGGUACCCGGCAAAAAGUUUCUGCAGCCGAAGACUAAACCGCAGCUCCUGCCUCGGCCUGUAGUCGUCCCUACUACCAGCACCAGCACUGCCUCCGCCAUCACUGUCCCCAGCGCCGUGCCACAGAACGCCAGUGUCGCUUCCCCCACUAGUCGGAUGCCCGUCCCUUUGUCUGCGAAGUCCAGGCAGUCGCCGGGUACUACUGACAAAGCAGGAAAACAGCCAAAACUGCAGGACGCUCAGAGGCAGUUCCGACAGGCUAACGGAAGUGCUAAAAGAGUGGGAGGGGAUCAUAAAACUACUUCCCCUACUAUACCCACCUCUAAAAUCCCUGCUUUUUAUCCUAGCUCUCCUAAAGGCAGCUCCCAGGCUGCACCAAACUCAGAUGCUACUAAUCCCAUUAACCCUUCCUCCUCCUCCUCCUCCUCAUCCUCCUCCUCUUCUUCCUCAAAGUCCUCCAUCCUGUCCUCUCACGCUCCUCGAUCCGCUACCCUGCCCUCCUCCCACAUCCCCUCCUCCCACAUCCCCUCCCUGUCUAACGGAUCCCUCAAACUCCCAGCACCCUCACAGCACACAGGUAAAGCUCUCUCGUUCUCCUCGCAGACCCAGAACGGUCGAGUGCACUCCUCCUCCUCCUCUUCAUUCUCCUCCUCCUCCUCAUCCUCCUCCUCCCCCUCCCCUCUGUCGCCCACACCUGUGGGCCCGGGCGGAAAGAGCAUCCGCACCAUACACACCCCCAGCUUCACCAGCUACAGGUCCCACAACGGCAGCAGCGGCAAAUCCUGCAUCCCAACCGCCACAGCAGCUAAGGACACCACUUAGCCCCACUAUCGCCCCCCUGUGGUUUUACUGCGCAGCAGGUAGACGUGGUCAUGUUUUAUUUUAGAUAGUUUGGUUUGUUUGUUUUCUUUCCUAUUUUUUAAAAUUUUUUUGUAAAAGUAUUACGUGAUGCACUCCCCCCCCGACUCUUGUUUUAUUUGACACUGGUAUUCUCACAUCGAUACUUUUAACCCCUUUUGAGUUAUUUGGAUUGUACUUACUUGGAUUUUGAUUCUUUCCUGAAGGUGUUCCAGAUGUUCUCACAAAAGAUUUUACAAAGAAACUUUAAAAAAAAAUAAGUUUUCCCACUUUGUAGUUGAAGUGGACGGCUUUCGUGGUGUUGAAAAUCUAUUUUUCUUGCUGUAUCUAUGAAUAGGGAAUAUACAGUUGAUGUACAAUCACAAAGUACAGUGUAAAAAAAUUGUGUUUUAUUUUUCAAACCAGAGAUUGAAUAAUCAUAGUAUAUUUAAUCUUCUAUUUUCCUGUGUUGCUAGACAUUCAGCAGUCCUGUAAAUGCCUUUGAUGAACGUAUACAUCCGUGUAUACAGACAUUUUAAAAGUCAAUCUCACUAAGAACUGAGAGUAUUUUCUUAUUUUCUCUGCCAAUUUCUUUUACAGAUAUAUAUUCAUACACAACUGGGAUCAUUAGUAAUGCAAGUUUUCAUUUUAGUGUGCCUCUUUGCCAAAGUUGUCGUACAAUGACUCACUUCAGGCCUAACACAGUCACACGAUUUAGGGGAAUUUACAUGAACUCUUCUUGGUUGAAGUGUUGACCUGCUGGUCUCGGUUUGUUAAGUUAACAUGUAUUGUUGUCUAAAUGUAAACUGUACUAAAAACAAAGAAAUGAAACAGUUCUCCCAUGUGUACAUAGACGCUUCUACUAAGGAAAUGAGUAGUUUUGUUAACAUACCAAAGUUUAUUUGUAUGCAUGCCUUUCAAAAACUUUAGGAGAGUGGUGUAAAAGAAGAAUUAUGUUUGCACAGAUAGAUUUUUGUAAAUAUUUGGUUUUCUCCUCCUUUUUGUAAAGCUUUAAAUCAUACUAUAAAAGAGCAAUGUGGUAAAGAUGUGUUGGAGUAGCAAAAAUAAAGAAUUGCAUGCUUGUAA